CUCACAUAUCUACUGCUGACUAUUACAAAAAUACUUAAGCUAUGUAUUAAUAAUUCAUAACAGUUUGUAAAUUAACCCCCUUUUUCUUUUUAAGGUCCAAAAACAGUCUUCUUCUGGGCCCCGAUGUUUAAAUGGGGUUUAGUUCUUGCUGGUUUGGCCGAUAUGACAAGACCAGCAGAUAAAUUAAGCACUUCUCAAUCAGCCGUACUCACAGCCACAGGGUUGAUCUGGUCCAGAUAUUCUUUGGUGAUUAUUCCCAAAAACUGGAAUCUCUUCGCAGUCAACUUUUUUGUUGGCAGUGCAGGCGCUUCCCAGCUUUACAGGAUUUGGAGUUACAAACAAGAUAAGAAGGCAGAAGAAGCAAAGGCAGCAGAAGCAAAUGCAGCUGGAGAGUCCUAAAUGCAACCAACUCUGGAGAUUAUACAGUGGGCACUUAAUCUGCCCUCUCUUUUCAAUACUUCUACAUUCACAUCUCUAACAUCCAUGCCAUAAUCGUGUUUCACCAUACUGCGCCUCUUUUCCCUGAUGGAAAUGUACAGGUUUGAGUUUCCUCAGGGUGAAAUAAAAGGGACAUUUUAAUCGUCAACAGAUUUGUCAUCAUUAGCGCACAAGGACUUGUUUUAUACAAGUGUUUGAUUGUACAUUUUCAUCUUGAACAGUUUGGGAAGAUUUUGCCUUCAUCCUUCUGUAGCAGUAAAUACCUUGAAUAGGUUGUGAAUGUUUUCCAUUAAAUUAUUAGUGUCAUUUUUAAUUUUUACCUCAUUACACAUAAUUUUAUGCUUUAACUGUUCAUAAAACCCAAACCAUUAACAGCUUUAUAUUAAUUUAUGGGAAAAAUUGUAAAAUUCAGAUAAUUUUAAAUAUGAAGUAGGCAAGUAUUUUGUGAGCCUUAAUUGACAUUUUCACUGAUGAGUUAUUGUGACUAAAUGACAUGAAUUAACCAGCAGUGGCUACUGAAAGGCUAUGCGAUGCUAAUAAAAAACAAAACCUG